AUAAAAUAGACAUUGGCCUCGGUCGUAUUUAUACAUAUUUUACAGUACUGAUACCAGCGAUAUGUGAUAGUUUGUCCCUGUUUUCUUUGUAAGGUAAAGCUUGACGAUGGACGACAAGAACGAAGACUUGUGCCCGUUUUGUUUUGACAAAGUUACCUUUCUUUGUUUGUCAUGCAAGAUCCAUCUAUGUAGAAACUGUGUAUCGGUACACAUCAAAAUGAAACCCAGGGAUUCUCACAAAAUUGUCGUUGCCAACGAGAAAAGUCAAGUAAAAACAAAACAGCUAAAAGUAUUGGGGAAAAUAUCAAGUGGAAUGGAAAGUCUGUGUGAUAUAUCAUACAACGAAAAUGGAACGUUUUAUUCCUGUUCCGAAAUAAGCAAAAGCAUUAGCCUAUUAGACGAUUCUGGUUUAACAAGAGAUACUUUUGAGGGAUGUAAAAACCCCUUGUGUCUUACAGCGAGUUCAAACGGUGUGCUGUAUACAGAAUUUGGAAUUAAAGCGGUCAUGUUUAAUUCUAAAGGACGAACCAAGCAUUUAUUUUCUACAGGAGAUUGGCAACCACAGGGAAUAACCAUGUCCAAAUCAGGCAACAUCUUGUUAACUCUACGCAGAAAAAAUGAGUCUAAACUUAUCGUAAGCAAUCCUCAUGGAUACGUCUGUCGUGAAAUCCAGUACCACAACAACAAACCCCUAUUUUUCGACCCGUGGUAUGUUGCUGAAAAUCCAAAGGGCGAUAUUUGUGUUUCUGACCAAGCAAGGAGGGCUCUUAUUUGUAUCAAAACUAAUGGCGAACUUAUUUUCAAAUAUUACGGAAGAGGAAGUUCGUUCUAUCCACGCGGAUUAUGCGCAGAUGCUACUUCCCAUUUCAUAGCUGCCGAUCCGUGGAAUAAUCUUUUGCACUACAUCUCUUCUUGUGGAGAACUUGUUUAUUAUCUGAAGUAUGAUUCCAUGGAUAGCCCUAUGGGUUUAUCCUGUAAUUAUGACCGCAAAAAUAGUUUUCUUAUUUGUGAAGUAAGUGGUUCUAUAUAUCAUGUUGAAUUAGAAUGAAAAGAAUAUUUAAGUAGUUCAUGUCUGUACUAAAUCAUAUUUUUUUCCACACACGAAAUUUAUUUUUGAAUAAAAUAAAGGGAAUUUACUCUCAAUACAAUUUCUGUGAGAUUUUAAUUGUUUUUUUUUAUGGAAGUUGUUAGAUAAUCUACAGGUACAAGUGAGAUUUUAAUGCUAAUUCUUUUAUAUAUUUUUUCAUGGUAUUUAC